ACCCAGGCCGUGCACCACCGUGUACCGUGUUUUCAUGCAUCAUAGCAGUGGAAGUGCCGGUUGUAAAUGCCGUGAAUUGCCGGUCAUUUCCGAAGAGGCGUGUAGCGGCGUUCUGUGGCGCAGCGCUAUGGAAUGCAUUUGUCAAAUAUACCGAGUUCCGUAACUGUUUAGAAUCAGCAGCGUGUGUAUUUCAUGAUGUCGAAGAUAACUUGGUUGGCUUGGUGCAUAGGCUUGUGAAUCUUGUGUGAGUUUACAUCUGUAGGUGGACACUUAUUAAAGUUUUCGUUGCGAGAGUCCCUGUUGAACUUGAUAAUGGCUGAUGAACCCGUGGUGGUGGAGGAAACAGCUCCUACGGACCUUGAUGAUAGCUCGAACUGCGAGUUAUUUACAAGUGAAAGCCCGCAAGACGAUAACACUCACAUGAGCGACACCGUUGUAACAUCCUUCAACUACUGCAUAAAGCCCAUUCAAGUGUGUGGCGCAUGGAAAGAAUUUUCUAAGUUCAUCACAAGGGGCUGUAAAUGGUCUCCUGACGGAUCGUGCCUUUUAACAAACAGUGACGAUUGCUGUUUGCGAAUUUUCAACCUUCCUGCGGUCCUGUGCCAACAGCAGAUCGACUGGAAUGAAGUGGAAGAGAUGGUUCCCGUAUUGAAAUGCAGCGAAAGUGGCCUGAUAUACGACUAUGCUUGGUUUCCUGGCAUGAAUUCCACCGAUCCAGCAACUUGUUGCUUUGCAAGCACAAGUACAAGAAACCCCGUCCACCUCUGGGAUGCAUACACAGGCGAGCUGCGGUGCUCUUACAGGCCAUACAAUCACCUGGACGAGCCUGUGGCAGCGCACAGUAUAGCAUUUGACAGUUGUGGUGAGAAGCUGUACUGCGGGUUUGACAAGAUGGUGCGAGUAUUCGACGUGGCCAGGCCUGGGAGAUGUUUUGAAGAGCGGCCAACAAAUGUGAAGAAGAUGGGUCAACCUGGCAUCAUCAGUUGUUUUGCAUUCAGCCCUCUUGGUGUGUAUGCUGCUGGCUCCUACUGCAAGACAGUGGCUGUCUACAGCGAGUCUGACGGGGUCCUACAAUUCAUCUUGUCUGGCCACCAUGGAGGUGUGACUCACUUGAGGUUCUCGCCUGAUGGACAACAACUUUACAGCGGAGGCCGAAAGG